AUGACUACUGCAGAUAUAACAUCAACUACACCAGAUACUACUGCAGAUACAACAACUGCUGCUACAACAACUGCAGAUACAACUACAAUACAACAACUAUACAACCACUGUAGAUAUUACAACGACUGCAGAUUCAACAACCACAGCAGAUACGACUACUGCAGAUACAACGCAGAUACGACUAUUGUAGAUACGACUACUGCAGAUACAACAACGAUUGCAGUUACAACAACUACAGAUACAACGACUGCAGAUACAACAACUGCAGAUACAACCACUGCAGGUACAACUACUGUAGAUACUACGACUGCAGAUACAACCACUGAAGAUACAACUACUGCAGAUACAACAACGACUGCAGAUACGACUACUGCAGAUACAACAACGACUCCUGAUACAACAACUACGGCCCUCACAACUACAACCAUACCUACCACCACUAUUGCCUUCAACGUAACUGCAAGGCUUCUAGAGCUCGCAACCAUCGACCCUUCCCUGGGGGCUCUGGAAGCGGCCCUGGACGAGGCCAGCGACAGACUCGGCACCAUCGACAGCACCGGCCGAAGGAGAGUUCGGAGGGCGGUCGCUGCCGAGUCAGCAACCAGUACAACCGAUGCCACUACAACUGAUGCCACUACAACCGAUGCCACUACAGCUGAUGCACCCACAAUCGAUGCCACUACAACUGAUGCCACUACAAUCGAUGCCACUACAGCUGAUGCACCCACAACCGUUGCCACCACAACCGAUGCCACUGCAACUAAUGUCACUACAACCGAUGUCACUACGGCUGAUUCCACAGCAACGGGUUCCACGUCUGAAGCAACCACAGGUGACUCUGCCACAACUGGCUCCACAACCUCCGCCCCCAGCACGACACCGCCUCAGGACCGCAUCGACGCCGAAGACUUGCUGACCAAGUACAUCCAGUUCCUCAGCGACGCCACAGCCCCUGUCGACGACGAAAACGCUGACCAAAUAGACAGCGGCACCGUCAGCGCCAACAGCUUCAUCGAAGAGUUCGACGACCUGAUCGACCUGAUCGCGCAGACGGGGAAGAGGUUCACGGACGGAACCAGGGCGCUGCUGCCACGAGCCCGAGGCGACACGCAGCAGCUGCUGGACAGGAUCAACAACGGCCGCAUAGCUAUCCGAGAGGAGGUUGAGCGGCUGAAUCCACUCGCUGAAAACAUAAUUACCCUUCACACAUUGGCACAUUAA